AGUCUCCGUGCGACUGUGGAGUUUGCGCGCUGUUUGUACUCUGUAAUUAAGUGACAGAGCAUUUCGCAAUCAUUCGAUUUUUUUUCUUGAUAUUUUUUUGUGAAAAUGUGCUGGCUGUAAACGAUCCAUCGAUUUGUUGGAUUACCUUAACGAGGAUAUCAAAACUUUUUAUAAAUUAGAUCCGUCCGUUUCGAUUCAUUAUCAUGGUGUCGCGAAGGAAGAUUCUGUCUAGAUCGCGAGACGAUCUUCACAUGGAUACGACGUUUCAACCCCCGGAAGAGGAAGAAGAUGUGUGGUAUCAAAAGGACAAACUUUAUAAGGAUCAUAUCCAAGAAGUAUUGGAUAAAUGGACGCAAAUAGACGAUGAAAUUUGGGCGAAAGUUAUCGUUUUGGAAAGAAAUCGUAGGGUAGCAAAAGCGUAUGCAAGAGCUCCAGUUUUGACAGUAAACGGUUCGGAUGACGGUUUCGAUGGUUUUAGAAUUGGCUUAAACGGAUUCGACAACCCAAUGAGGGACCAAAAAACGGACGAAUUUAAAAGAUUAAUUGGACAUGGUGUAAAAAUAAAAAUGGAUGAUGCAGGAAAUAUAUUAAUAAAAAGAGUAUCAAAAUCGAAUGUUUACAUAAAAAAUACGGCACAAGAUGAAGAAACAGCUGUAGGAAAUGAAAUCUUAAAAGUACCAUUAUGCGCUUUAGAAAUGGAAAGACCAGUAAAAUUAUUUGAUAUGAAAAAAUUUCAAACUAACGUUAAUAGAGAAUUGCGAAGGGCGUACCCGGAUCGACGACGACUUGAAUGUCAAUGUUUAAGCGCUAUAGCAUUCGUUAAAAAUGAAUUGGAACUCCUGGAAUGUCCAAUUUGGGUGUUGAUAAUAAAUGUGGUUGCGAUGGAUAUGUUAAAAACGAAGUUACCUCCGGUUCAAAAAGUUAUGGAUAUUAAAAAUAGACCGAGGAUUCCUAUACCGGAUGAAGAUCCUUAUAGCGUUGCUGGAAAUGGAAGUGGUUCAUCCGGAAGUUCAGGUUUUGCAACCGGUUCGGUUUCGGCAACUAGAGAGCAACUUUUGCUUCAAUCCCAACAAAAUGCACAACGAAGAAAUGAGAAACCUCCGAAAUUACCGCCAAGAGAAAACAUUUAUCAUCAUAACAUCCCUAAACCGGAUUAUGACGAAGAAGAAAAAACCAAACCAUUUGCUUCGACGAGAAAUACCCACAAACAUAAAGAUGAUGGUAAAUACGAUGAUCCUUAUUAUUGUGGAUUGAGAGCGAGGGUUCCAAAUUUUGUUUCAAAAUCGAAAGCUAAAGAGACCAAGUCUAAAGAUACGGUCACAUCUAAACGGUAUUCGAUGACUCAACAACCCACAUCUUUGCCAAAUUUGAUGCAACAACAACAUCAUAUGAUACAACAACAAUUACAUCAACACCCAAUGUGGCAUAGAGGAAAUUUUGAAAACGAAUCUGAUAACGUGGAGUCACCUUACAACCAAAUUUAUGGAAGGUUACCAAUCCCCACUCGAGGAUAUAUACCAAAUCAACCGAGAACUAUGUACAUUGGCGAAUGGGAUUAAGUGAUUAUUUAUAUUUUUUGUUGUUCUUCUUUUUUUGUAUUAUAUUUUCGUAGGGUAACCCAUUUUAAGUCAUUUAGUUUAAGCACUCCCUUAGAAAUAUUAUUGUAAAAUCCAUGUAUAUUAAAAAAAUUAAUUAAUAUUUAUAUGGAAAUUAUCUAGGUGAUGGUGAUGUAAACAUUAUUGUAUUAUCAAUAAAGUUUAAAUGGAU